UAUGAGAAAUGUACAAUGCGAAGUUGCAAACAAAAGAUUCUCUUUUGCUCCGUAUUUCUUCUCUUUAUCAGUGGUAAACGCCUGAAAGAUGUAUAUUCAAAGGAAGGAGAUGAAAUACAGAGCUCCGAAAUCAAACCCGUGGAAAAUGGUCAAAAUACUAAAAUCAAAGAAGAAAUGGAUGUUAAACAAAAACAAAAACAACAAAACAAAGUUCAACAACCCAGUGUCCCAGAUAAUGAGAAGUAUGAGAAAUGUUUGCUGCAACGAACAACAUUACUUAAAGAACUAAGAUUUCUGAACCGGACUGCUCGAAACUGUGAACUAAUUUUCUAAAAUUAAAUUCUAGUAAACCGGACUGAUCGAAACUGUUAGCUAAUUUUCUUAAAAUAAAUUCUAGUGAACCGGACUGCUCGAAACUGUGAACUAAUUUUCUAAAAUUAAAUUCUAGUGAACCGGACUGAUCGAAACUGUUAGCUAUUUUUCUUAAAAAUAAAU